AUGAAUACGGGUUUAACGAAGGCAAAGACGAGCAUAAGCGCACGACCAUGGCCGCAACAUAUCCAAAACAUUGCAUCUGUGACCAUCCGAGUGACCAACAUCAGGCAAAUCCUAAGACGUGAUAUGCAAGGUCGUGAGACGAUCUGGAAUAGCAUACCAGCGGCACCACCCAUCGUCUUCUCCUUCCACGUUCCAAUAAACUUCCUCAUCUCUGAAGCCAGUGCUUGGAAUUACAUUCUAGAUCACUUGAUCAUCUACGUUAAUGGCGAUAUUCGUCUCUGCAAUUUCAUGGCAAACAAUAUCUACUCUUAUGCACGCGGGCUUGCUGCCUCCGUCCACACCAGCUUCCUGGUUUCGGUUGACGCGAAGGUGUUAUGGACUGAUAUCGUCGAAGAUGCACAUAUAAACGAAUGGCUCAAUAAUUGGUUUGUGCGUUAUUCUCAGCAUCGAGAUCAUCAUCAUCGUCAAGAUCAACUUAUUCAAGAUCAAGAUCAUCAAGAUCAAGAAGAUGAAGAAGAUUCAGCAAGGAUAAUAAAGAAGUUGAAAAGAGAAAGAAGGUUUGAGGAUCUUGAUGGUAGUGACGUGGGUAUCUGUGCCAUUUGUCUGAACGAUAUGUCGGCCUGCAAAGACCUCAUUGACAUGCCCUGCCGCCAUAUCUUUCACGACUCCUGCAUCUUCUGCUGGUUGAAAGACCACAAAACUUGCCCAAUGUGUCGCAGCAUAGUUCAUUAA